AUGGACGGAGACGGUGACCCAGAGAGCGUGGGCCAGCCGGAGGAGGAGAGCCCGGAGGAGCAGCCGCAGGAGGCUGGCGCGGAGGAGGCGAGCGGCGGGGAGGAGCGGCCCGAGGACGAGGGGGAGGAGGAGGCAGCGUACUUGGACGAGCUGCCCGAGCCGCUGCUGCUGCGUGUGCUGGCCGAGCUGCCCGCCGCCCAGCUCGUGCAGGCCUGCCGCCUGGUGUGCCUGCGCUGGAAGGAGCUGGUCGACGGCUCUCCCCUGUGGCUGCUCAAGUGCCAGCAAGAGGGUCUGGUACCCGAGGGCGGCCCCGAGGAUGAGCGCGACCACUGGCAGCAGUUCUACUUCCUGAGCAAGAGACGGCGCAACCUGCUGCGCAACCCGUGCGGGGAAGAGGACUUGGAGGGCUGGUGCGACGUGGAGCACGGUGGGGACGGCUGGAGGGUGGAGGAGCUGCCCGGAGACUGCGGGGUGGAAUUCAUCCACGACGAGAGUGUCAAGAAGUACUUCGCCUCCUCCUUCGAGUGGUGUCGCAAAGCGCAGGUCAUUGACCUGCAGGCUGAGGGCUACUGGGAGGAGCUGCUGGACACCACUCAGCCGGCCAUCAUGGUGAAGGACUGGUACUCGGGCCGAAGAGACGCCGGCUGCCUGUACGAGCUCACGGUGAAGCUGCUGUCGGAGCACGAGGACGUGCUGGCCGAGUUCAACAGCGGGCAGGUGGCAGUGCCACAAGACAGCGACGACGGUGGCUGGAUUGAGAUCUCCCACACCUUCACCGAUUAUGGGCCGGGAGUCCGCUUCGUCCGCUUCGAGCACGGCGGACAGGACUGCGUCUACUGGAAGGGCUGGUUCGGGGCCCGGGUGACCAACAGCAGCGUGUGGGUGGAGCCCUGAGUGACCCCUCCUCCCGCCUCCCCCGGCUGCCUUGGAGGGCCAGAGGCGCGGGGGUAGAUAGGGCUUAGUCGGUAGCAUCCUGACCUUCCGCAUCCGGCGCACUCCUCUCCCUUCCCACGCUCGAAGACCAGCCCCCUCAGAGGGAAAGAUGGGUUUUGUUGGUAUAUAUUUGCAUCUAGAAAAUAAGAUGGGUGAGGGCGUGGGCCUGCCCUGGGCCCGUCGCUGCUGAAUCCCCUGCACCUAACACUGUGCCUGCCACGAAA